AUCUGCACUUCUUUUAACGUCAAGAAUUUAUUUUCCUCUCACAUAAUAUUUGUUUAAUCAUAUGUGAUUGCGUUUAUCUAUUUCUUAGAGAGCACAAGAUGACACCAACCGUAGCUAUAUGGAUCCUAUUUUUGGGAAUUGCUAUACCUCACCAUUCAGAAGUUUUGGGAGCUGAUAUUGGGAUCAAUUAUGGAAGACUCGGGAACAAUUUGCCAACUCCAAAACGGGUCAUCGAAUUCCUUGCUAAGGACUUGAAUAACGCAAUCCCAUUGGUUCGGUUAUUCGACCCAGAACCUGAAGCCUUAGCAGCACUGAGCGAAACAAAUCUUAUUGUCGCCCUGGGCACCCUAAAUCAGGACAUCCCCCAAUUGGCCAGUAGCCUUGACUUCGCCAGAGAUUGGAUCAAGAAAUACAUCACUCCGUACAUAAACUCCAACGGCCAAGGCACUAGAUUUCGCUAUCUUACAGUUGGAAACGAAGUCAUCCCUGGCCCCUUAGCCGCUCAAGUCCUCCCAGCUAUGAAAAACCUCCAACAGGCGCUGGUGGAGGCAAAACUCUCCAGCAACAUCCAGGUCUCCACCGUCGUACCCUCUGGGGUGCUCGGAAGCUCUUUUCCCCCCUCCGCUGGUGCAUUUGCCCAGGAUGUGUUAGGAAUCAUGACUGAUAUUGCAAAUUAUCUGCACAGCAACAACGCUCCGCUCUUGAUCAAUGUUUACCCGUACUUCGCUUACAUCUCAGAUCCAGAACACAUCUCAUUGGACUACGCCUUGUUUCGAUCUCAAAAUGCUGUAGUCAUCGACGGAGAUCGGCAAUAUUACAACCUGUUCGAUGCGAUAGUGGAUUCGUUUGUAGCGGCGCUGGUGAAGGUAGUCGGGAGUGAGGAUGUCAAAGUCGUGGUGUCUGAGACUGGAUGGCCAAGCGCCGGAAACGAACCGCACGCAACGAUCGAGAAUGCUCGAACUUACAACAAUAAUUUAAAGAAUCGCAUUCAAAACGGUAAAGGGACACCGAGAAACCCAAAUCUGAAUCUCGAGACGUACAUCUUUGCUCUGUUCAACGAGAACCAGAAACCGGCCGGAACAGAGCAAAAUUUCGGAUCAUUUUAUCCAAACAUGACCGCAGUCUAUCCAUUAUGGUAGUCUUAAACUAAGAUUCUUCAUGUGUUUAGUAUAAUAUUGAGGGGUACAGGAAGAAAGCAGAAUAAAAAUUAUUGUUUACACAUAUGAAAAUUUAUAUAAAUAAUAAAGCAAAGAGUUUUUU